AUGGACGAAUGCGAACGCCUGUUCCUUGAGAAGAUCGCCGUGGCAGAGACGUAUCCUGACUCCUUGAUACGCCAGGACGAGCGACGCCCGGCGCUUCGGUCAUGCCUCGAGCACUAUGCAGCAAACAGAGACGCAAUAUUUGAUGGGCCUCCGUCGAGGAUCGAUACGCCGUUGAUCAUCAUAGACUUUGACGACGCCGAGUCAUGGAGCAAAGAAGAGGGGCCGAGACGGGUGAAUCUGCACAUCAUCCGUAACGUAAUUGGGCUGCGCAGAAAGCUAGCGUGGCCCAGCCCGUCCGAGAUUACGAUGGAAUCGGCGACGCUCGUGAGGGAUCCGGCUCUGAGAAUAGUGCUACUGGAACGCUUGAGCCCGACGUCGCUGCUGCUCAACCUCAGCGAAAAGGUCCUGCUGGAGCUCCUGACGUACCACCAGGUCCCGUCCUGCCUGCUCAACUUCCUCACGAGCGGCGGCGAGUCGUGGAGUUUUGCGAGCAGCAUGCGCUUCGCUGGGUUUCGGGGCACGACGAGCCUGGCCUCUACACAGCGCGCGGCUGUGCCGAAUCUUGGCCGGAGCGGCUCGCACAUUCAGCUCUGCUUCACAAUGUUCAGCAUGCGGAGGUACCCCCUCCACGCGUGGCCCAAGGGCGAAGACCCGAGCAAGACGCCGCGUUGGCAGCCCCACGCGGCGGCGGUGUACGUCCACUUUGACGUUGUUGAGGGCACGGCGGUCUGGCUGCUCACGAGCCCGCGGAGCUACCACCGGGGGAAGGGGAAGGGCACGCAGAAUCUCCUGUGGGAUACGGUCAAGGAGAGGUUCGAGGGGACACUGGAGGGGAUGAGCGCGCUAGGGGUGGCCGACCGGUUCCGGGUCAGUCUGGAGAGCCUCCUUGCUGUUGUCGAAUGGGCUGUGGAAGAGCUCUCACCGCAUUUCCAGGACCUGGAACUGCAUCUGUCGAAACUGACAAAGCCGUACCUGCAUCCCUUUGGCGACGAAGACGACGCGCAGACGGAUGCCAUCCACGAAGUAGAUCUCCGUCGCAUGGCGUUCCUCAUGGAGCAGCGUCACCGCAGCGCCAUGAGGGUCGACAGCAACCUCCGCGUCCUCCGACGCCUCCGAGAAUUUCUCACUGAACAGGUUAGCGACGAGCUAGACAGGCUUGAUCUUCGCCACGCAGGCGAGAUGCAGGCGCACUUGGACAAGUUCAAAGGCGAGCUAUCGUCAGCGAUGGAGGAGAUGGAGGACUUGAUGCAGCGGGCGCAGGCUCUGGACCAGCUGGCCGGGAACCGAGAGGAAUACUGA